UUAUUCAACACUAACUUCACUCCAUACCCUUUUUUUUCUUUUACUUUCUCUCUUUCUCUCUCUCUUUUUUGUCUCCCUUUUAUUUUAAUCCACUAAAACCUCUCUCUUUCCCAUGAUUCUGUCCGUAGAUCCGUGAGUAAGGUUCUGUAACAUCACGUACACCAAACAAAAACUUAAUUUUCUAAUCAUCAAACCAACCUAUAAGCUUACUGAUUUUUUUUUUAAGCUUAUACUGUUUGUUUCUUGUACUGGGUGAUAAAGAGUAUUAUUUGCUGAAUUUUAGAGGGAAAAAAAAGGAUUAAAGUUUUGAUCUUUCUUUAAUAAAAAUUUCAACUUUGUUGUUUUUGGAUUUGAUUAAACUUUUGUUUUGAUUGGUUAUUUCUCUCUCCUUCUGUUUGUCCCCCAAACUGGGGGAUUUUUGGCAUUUAAAGCUCUUAUUCCAAUAAAAAUUUGAAGAAUCCUUUUGUUGGGUUUUGUAGUGUUAUCUUCUUCUAAUCCUUAUGAUUCUCUCUCCUCUAUCAUGGACCCAAAAAAGGGUAUUAAUGGCGUCAGUUUUUGUGUUAAUUUUGAGAUGUGGGUUUUGAACUUGUUGUUGGGAAGCUGUCACAAAGUAGCAGAAGAGCAGAACAUAAAGCUGGGGUACCACCAGAGCAUGUCUUUUUAUGAUUAUUCUUCUUGAUUCAUUUGAAUUUUUGUUGUUUUUUUUUUUUUGUUGCUGAUUAAUUUGUGAAGAUUUUAGGUUGGAUGGGUAAAAUUUUGGAUUUUUAGUUAAGUUUAGCUGGUUUGAUUUUGUUGGGGAGAAAAAAUGGAAUCUGGGAAUAAGUUUUACUCAGUUGAUGAGUUUCAUUUGGAUUCUAAGUGGUUGGUUGAUCCAAAUCAGCUCUUUGUUGGACCAAAAAUUGGUGAAGGAGCUCAUGCUAAAGUAUAUGAGGGAAAGUAUAAGAAUCAUAAUGUUGCUAUCAAAAUUGUUCAUAGAGGAGAGACCCCAGAGGAGAUUACCAAGAAAGAGGGGCGGUUUGCGAGAGAAGUAGCCAUGUUGUCUAGAGUUCAGCACAAGAACUUGGUGGAGUUUAUUGGUGCUUGCAAAGAACCUGUCAUGGUAAUUGUUACUGAGCUUUUGUUGGGAGGAACAUUGCGCAAAUACUUGCUGAAUAUGAGGCCACAGUGUUUAGAUAAACAAGUUGCCAUAGGAUUUGCUCUUGAUAUUGCUCGUGGGAUGGAAUGCUUACAUGCUCAUGGGAUCAUACACCGGGAUUUGAAACCAGAGAAUUUACUAUUGACUGCAGAUCACAAAACAAUAAAACUUGCGGACUUCGGUUUAGCAAGAGAAGAGACUUUGACAGAGAUGAUGACUGCUGAAACAGGAACAUAUCGAUGGAUGGCCCCCGAGUUGUACAGUACUGUUACUUUGAGGCAAGGAGAAAAGAAACAUUACAACCACAAAGUUGAUGCUUAUAGCUUUGCAAUUGUCUUGUGGGAGCUGCUGCACAACAAGCUGCCUUUCGAAGGCAUGUCAAACUUACAGGCUGCAUAUGCUGCAGCUUUCAAGAACGUCAGGCCUAGUGCAGAUGACAUGCCUGAGGAUUUAGCUCUAAUUUUAACUUCAUGCUGGAAUGAAGAUCCAACUGCUCGGCCCAACUUCACUCAGAUAAUCCAUAUGCUCCUUCAUUAUUACUCUACCAUCGCACCUCCUGAGCUAGCAAUCCCUCCUCGGAUAUUCACCCGAGAGAAUUCCAUCCUACCACCCGAAUCUCCAGGCACAAGCUCGUUGAUGUCUAAGAAGGACAGCACAGGUGAAACCCCAAGGACACCGAUGGAAAACAAGCCUAGAGGUUUUUUCUUUUGCUUUGACCAAUGUUACUAGCCUUAGACUGGUAGAUGAAAACUUUCUACACCACCGAAAAAGGGGUUGUUCGGAAAGUGCUAUGUAGCAUAGUUUAGCGAAUGAUCUUUUUAACUUCUUGAAUAUAGACCAUUCUGAUGAAAUAGUACAUGUCUAAAUUUACUUCCUUUCUUA